AAAAGACCAAAUUAUAUUUGGACGGGUCCGCGCUUGUCCAUAGCAUACAAAAGACUUGUAUUUCCCUGUACCCGCCCUUUACAUUAACUGCCAUUCAAUUUACAUAUUUUCGAUUCUUUGUUCGUGAAUAAGCGACCCUAAGAAAACCUCUCUUUUGCACCAUUAGCUAGGUACUUCUAUCUUGAUCAGCGAAAAUGGUUGCCGGAUUAAUCAAUGCCAAUCCUAUUGUGUAUGAGAAAAAGGAGCGUCGACCUCGUACUGGAUCCGUAGUUCUGGAAGAUGAGUAUGCUGUGGAAUCUAUUGAUCAGUUGGAAAUUUUUGAUCAUAUUAGAGACAUAAAAGAUCCAGAGCAUCCAUAUUCUUUGGAAGAUUUAAAAGUGAUUACAGAAGACGCAAUUGAGGUAGAUGACAAGCGAAGCUAUGUACGGGUGACAUUCACUCCUACAGUCGAACAUUGUAGUAUGGCAACAGUUAUUGGCCUUUGUUUGCGGGUGAAACUUAUGCGCAGCUUGCCUUCCAGAUACAAGGUGGAUAUUAGGGUUGCUCCGGGGACUCAUGCAACUGAAGCCGCAGUGAAUAAGCAGUUAAAUGAUAAAGAACGAGUAGCAGCAGCAUUGGAAAAUCCUAAUCUUGUAGACAUGGUUGACGACUGCCUUGCUCCAUCAUUUGAGUAAAACUUGGGAAUACUGGGCACAUGCUUAUAGAAAAAAACUGGAAUACUGUAGGCUUCUAAAUGAGAUGGUCUCGGAACCUUUUGUAUUCUCCUGUGAUACUAUCUACCGUCUUUCAUAAUUUAGUUUGCUUUUUGGGGGUUUUUUCAUGGCAUUUAUAGUGUAUUGUGUAGCCUAUGUUGUUCAUUGGGUGAGAAGAUGGAAAUCAGGUUCAAAUAAUGUUGCGAGCCAGUGUUGGGGGGUGGUUGCUUGUACUGCACAAUACUUCAUCUAUUUAAUGUUAUUUGUAUUGUUGUUAAAAA